UCGUUGAAAGUUCAUUUAACUCUGAGUUUUUGGGCAAUUUAAUCAUUUGUCCUGUUUUAAUUUUCUCUCUUCCUUAACUCCAUCCUCAUCUUUUAUCAUCAUCAUCAUCAUCAUCAUCUUGCUCUCAUCAUCAUCUCACUAAAUUUCUCCUUUUUUUCUUAAAAAGAUAAACACCAUCAUCAUCAUCUAACUUAUUCACUUCGCUUUCACCUUUCACCAAAUCGGUUAAUUGUUACAGGGAAAAAAAAACUUUUCUUCUACAUUAAUUGUUUAUUGAUUCUAAAUUUUUUCUCAUUCAUCUUCUUCUUAAUUGUUCAAUCCACUAAAAUGAAGUUAAUUGUAAUCUCUGCGAUCUUUUGUUUCCUUUCAUCAACCUCUUACGGUCAGAGGUUCGUUCCUGGAGCUUGUCCAGUAGUCGAUCCACCAGAAAGUUUCGAUAAACGAAAGUUUUUCGGACAUUGGAUUGAGACUGAGAAAACACCCUCGAUGUUUGAUCUUAUGAUGAGAUGUAUGACCGUUGAAUAUGCCGAUGAUAAAGAUGGAUCGAUUGAUGUUUCAAUCAAGGGAGUCUCUCUCGGUGGUAUCCCUGUUUCCAUUACUGGUGACGGUUUAAUUCAAGAUGUUAGUCGAGCCGGCUUUUACAAUGUUCGAUAUGGCCUGGGAAUGCCGAUGCAAGGAACUCAGGUCACAAUUGUUGACACCGAUUACAGUGAAUAUGCAUUAAUCUAUUCAUGUACCAACAGUUUACUCAGUGGAUUAUUUCAUUCUGAAUAUAUUUGGCUUUUAUCCCGUGACGGAACUCUAAGUAACCCAACUCGCCAGAACAUUUAUGAAAAAUUGGAUAACCUGAAAAUCAACCGAUCAGGUUUACAGUUAAGCGAUCGAACUGGUUGUGCAUCUAAUGUAACCAGAGAGGGUGAUGGUGAUUUAGCAUCAAUUCAAACUACUCAACUUCCAAUUGCUCAGUAAAGAUAAUUAAAGGAAUGAACCAGGAAUCGGAUUAACUGAACACCAACAAACCACCAACCAUCAACAUUUCAUAUUCCUCAUCAAUUUCAAUCUCUCUCUCUCUCUCUCUCUCUCUCUCAGUUUGUGGUGAUUUCUGGUUUCUACAUCUUAACCAUCACUCUCAUCAUCAUCUUCAUCCUUAUGAUUAUCAUUUUCUCCCUCUUCGGAUUCAAUGCAUUAAAUUGUAGUAAUCAAAACGAGAAGGCCAAUGAAACUUAAUGGGAUUUAAUUGCUUCAAUUUUAAUCUCUUUCCUUGGUUUCUUUUUAUAUUUUGAUUCUUUUACCUUUACAUUGUGAAGAUUAAGCUGAAUUAAAUUACUGUUAUCAAUUCAUUGAUUACCCAACAUCAACUGCCCAAUCAACUGGACCUGAACAGUUUAGCUGAUUUUCCAGGGUUAAACUGGUUAUCAUUUGGACCUAAAUUGUAAAAGGGGAAAAAAGUGGCUAAUCUUAAUCGUCUUAACAAUCAACUAAUCCUGAUGUGAAACAAAUACAACCCACCAAACAUUUGAUGAGAUUAUUCAAACAAUUUAAAACUUAAUUUAUAUCCAAUCCAUUUAACUUAUAUAUCAACUUUUUUUUAUAUAAUCAAAUAAACAAAUUUGUUUAUUGGACCAAUAACAAUAAUUAUUUACUCAAUUAAUUACUCAAUUAUUGAUAGUAAAAAACAUUAGCCUUUACAAUGUGAUUAGUUAACAUUGGAAACUUAAUUAUCAAAGUUAUUUGAUUAGAUUGAUUCAUUUAAGCUUCUAAAUUAAAUCAAUUAUCAGCUAUAUUUGUAUAUAGAUUAGAUAAUUGUUUUGUUUCAAUAAUUGAAUUCUGUAUCAAUACUGAUCAAUCUAAAUUGCUGUGAAAUAUUGAGAUUGUAACGUUUCAUGUUAAAUGAUUGAUUGACAGUGAUGUUGUUAUUUAAAACAAUCGUUUUUUAAACCAAUUUGUAUGAGAAAUACAUUUUGCUUUGAAGUUUAUCACUUGAUUGUUGCAAUUAAAAUGAGCUUUUUGCAAUGAUAUCUGAAUUUAGAUCUGCAUCUUUUUAUAAAAAAGGUCAAAAUUAGGAGGAAAGAAAGAGA